AUGAGUACGAGCAUGGACACUGAUGAACUACCCGUAGUCCUCCCCCCUAGCACUCUGUCUGGGUUGGCACUGUCGCUGCAUCCUCUUCCAAUCUUGAACAUUUCAGAGCAUUUAACGCGCCUCAGAUUGCAGACGAAGUCGAGUCUUCCUUUCGUCCUGGGUGCAUUGCUGGGGACACAGAAUGGACGUGAUGUCGAUAUUGUCAAUAGUUUUGAGCUCGUUGUGAAGGAGGGAGAGAAAGUCGAUCAUGAAUUUCUAGUUUCUCGAAGAGAUCAAUACAAGCAGGUCUUUCCAUCUCUCGAAUUUAUCGGAUGGUAUACGGUGGCACCAGUACCUACCGCACGUCACAUCGCUCUUCAUGAACAGUUCACCCCAUAUAGCUCAACGCCACUUCUCUUGCUCCUCCAACCGUCCUCGACCGUCGGGGCUUCCGAUGCCAACGCCAAUCUGCCUCUGAAAGCCUACGAACCAACAAUAGAGAUCCGCGAUCGGUCAUCGCGUUCCGUGUUCAUCGAGGCACCUUUCAGUGUUGAAACGGGAGAAGCGGAGCGGAUCGCUGUUGAUUGGACAGCACGAGGAGGAGAGGGGGGUACGAGUUUGGAAUCUCACCUGCAGACUCAACGCGCUGCAGUGAAGAUGUUACAUGAUCGUAUCGUCAUCCUAGUCCAGUAUGUCAAGGAUGUCAUGGCAGGCAAGGCGCCGAAGGAUAGCGCCACCCUUCGCUCACUAACCGCCUUGCUUGCAUCCCUACCUGCGAGUGAAAACAAGGCGUUUCGACAAGAGUUCGAUAUCGAAUAUGAAGACGUGCAAUUGACCGCAUAUUUGUCCACGCUGACCAAAUCAGCUAAUACAUUGAAUGAUCUCGUUGACAAGCAUAUUGUAACGAAUGCUGGCAAUCGGGAAGACCGAACACCACUAGGUGCGGGAAGACGUAGGGGAGGAAAAUUCGAUUGGGAUCGUAUUCACUGA